AUGGCAGAUAGUGAAUUAAGCAGAAAGGAGAAGUAUCGACAGGAAACCAAGGCAGAUAGACGUACACGAUUUAAAGAACGUCGACGACUAAAAGCUGAAUCAAAGCUUGUUGGCUUUCGACAAUCAACACAUUAUAUUGACUCGGAAUUAACGUGUGAUUCAAUAUAUUAUGUUGAUCCUCAAUCUCCUAAGUUACGCAAAGUACAUCCGUAUUUUUUUACUUGGAUAACACAUGCGAAAGAGCGAUGGUAUAACCGAACAAUCGCCGACGUUUUCCAAUAUGAGUUUCGUCGUUCUAUAUUGAAACAAAAUUUCGAGGAUAUCAUACGAAAUGGUCUAGUACGUAUCAAUGGGCAGUGUGUAGACAAAGACUACAUCAUUCAAAAUGGCGAUAAACUCGAACAUUAUACUCAUCGACAUGAAGUACCAGUCAUCAAUCAGAAGAUCAAUAUCUUAAUCAACAAUGACGAUUAUUUAGUUAUCGAUAAACCGUGUUCAAUACCAGUUCAUCCAUGUGGAAAAUAUCGAUUCAAUACUGUAUUGGCUAUACUUCAUUAUGAGUAUCAGUUGUCAAAUUUACGCACAGUUCAUCGACUGGAUCGAAUGACAUCGGGUAUAUUAAUAAUGGCUAAAUCUGCUGCGAAAGCACGUGCAAUUGAUUUUAAUGCCGAUCGCACGUCAGCCAAUGGGGUGGAUAAACUGUAUUUAUGUCGUGUACGUGGUGAAUUUCCAUAUGCGAAUCAAAUUGUACGUGUUGAUCAACCGAUUGAAACGUUUUCUUUUCAACUUGGCCUGACGAGAAUCGGAGGAAAUAAGCAAUGUCAAACUUUAUUUCGUCGUGUGACAGUUGAAGAAUUGCAACAACAAAAAGAGCAACAUGGAAAGUAUAUCUUUAAUCUAAAUAGUGACAACAGCGAAGCUAUCAUCGAUGAUUCGUUACAUAAAUAUGCCGAUCAAGAUUCAACGAGAACAAGUCUUGUUCUAUGUCGGCCAUUGAGUGGCCGAAUGCAUCAAAUUCGUGUUCAUCUACAGUAUUUAGGGUUUCCUAUUGUUAAUGAUCCUCUUUAUAAUGCACCGCAUAUAUGGGGUUCAUCGAACGGGCAAUAUGCACAGUAUGAGCACUCGAACGAUUAUGUGGUCGAAACAUUCAUAAAAUUACAUAGUUGUGAAUAUUGGCUAUUGAAUGAUGUUGAAAAUGAAGAUGAAGCAAUGAAUUCAAAUGGUAAACGAGCAAUAGAAGAAGUUCAAGAACAAAAUACAGAUGAUACGAAACGAGUAAAAACUGAAGAAUGCACAGCCACGGCAGCAGCAGCAGCAGUAACCACGAUCGAUGUCAAUGAUGAUAGUGCUGUUAAAAAUUACAUAAAAGAACACUGUUUUGAGUGUUUGAACCGUUUUCGUGAACCAACAGCUGAUCAACUUGUAAUGUUUUUACAUGCGUUACAGUACAGAAUUUCCGAUGAUGUGACUUUCACUAGUUCAUUACCUGAUUGGGUGGAAAUUUAG